ACCCGUCAGACUAUUACCACAAGCCCCAAAAGAUAGAUAGGGAGAGAGAGAAAAAGUGAGCGUGUGUCAGAGACAGAGGGUCAGCCUGAGAUAAACAGAGAGAGAGAGAGAGACACAGACAGUUAGUUAAUAUUGGCAUGCCUGCAUACUCCACCAACAUGAGGCUUAAAUUUCCUAUCCUGGCUCUGACUCUGGAGAUUAUCACCAUCAUCCUGUUCGCUGUGUUUGUGGACUACGAUGAUGGGAAACACGGGGGGCACGGAGCCCACAACACCACACACCAUGAGGAGAAGAAGGAUCCUCUGACCCUUUAUCCCAUGUUCCAGGAUGUCCACGUUAUGAUCUUCAUUGGCUUUGGCUUCCUGAUGACCUUUCUGAAGAGAUAUGGCUUCAGCAGCGUGGGCCUCAACCUGCUCCUGGCCGCCUUCGCUCUGCAGUGGGGUCUAAUCAUGCAAGGCCUCUGGCACCUGGAUGAUGGCAAGAUCAAAGUCUCCAUAUUCAAGAUGAUCAAUGCAGAUUUCAGCACAGCCACCGUUCUGAUCUCGUUCGGGGCAGUGCUGGGUAAAACCAGUCCUGUCCAGCUCCUCAUCAUGACCAUCCUGGAGAUCACCAUCUUCAGCAUCAACGAACAUCUGGUGGCCGAAAUCCUGGAGGCCAAUGAUGUUGGGGCCUCCAUGAUUAUCCAUGCCUUUGGGGCGUACUUCGGUCUCGCAGUGGCCCGCAUGCUGUACCGGCCAGCUCUGAGGAACAGCCAUGAGAACGAUGGCUCUGUUUACCACUCUGACCUCUUCGCCAUGAUCGGUACCGUGUUCCUCUGGAUGUUCUGGCCCAGUUUCAACUCUGCCAUCGCUGAAUCUGGCACUGAUCAGCUCAUGGCGGUGACCAACACCUACUUCUCCCUGGCUGCCUGCGUACUCUCUGCCUAUGCUGUCUCCAGCUUGGUGGAGCACAAAGGGAAACUGGACAUGGUCCACAUCCAGAAUGCCACUCUGGCAGGAGGUGUUGCCGUGGGAACCUGCGCUGACAUGGACAUCGGCCCUUUUGGUGCCAUGAUCAUCGGGUUCGUGGCUGGCAUCGUCUCCACCCUGGGCUUCAAGUUCCUCACUCCAAUCCUGGCAUCCAACCUGGGCAUCCAGGACACCUGUGGUGUCCACAAUCUGCACGGCAUGCCUGGCAUCCUCGGGGGUAUCGCUGGCAUUGUGGCGGUCGCUCUGGGCAAGAAGAACGGGAGUGCUGCCAUGCAGGGUGCAGCCCUGGCCUCAUCCCUUGGGUUCGCUUUGGUUGGAGGAACUAUUACAGGUCUGAUAAUGAAGCUUCCAUUCUGGGGACAGCCUCCAGAUCAGAACUGCUUUGAUGAUUCCAUUUAUUGGGAGGUUCCUGGGGAGGAGGAGGAGGAGGAGGAGGGCGAGGAGAGCCUGGCUCACGGAGACCAAAAAGCAGAGGCGUAAAGCUCCCACUCUUUGCUGCACAUUCACGACCUACAACCCUCUGAGCUAGAGAUGGGAAAGUGAGGAAUCAUGAACCACACAUUAGACAUGGGGUCUAAUACAAUACUCUAUCUCAAUAGUCUUAACUGGCUUCCUCUCCUUGUCACCUCUCCUUCAUCUAAUUGGUAGAUCCCUACCAGGACUUCAUGUGUCACCCGUCUAAUUUCUUGACCAUCAGUGCAGAGGACGUAAAGGAGAGAAUCUAUGUUGUACUAUUGAAUUCAACCCAGGAUGGCCAGUGCUGUGAAAUUGUCAGUUAUUUUCAACUACUGCAUAAAUAAUUGGAUUGAUAUGAGACAAAUUGAGAUCAUAUCGUGAUUCAUGCUACCUUAUUAAGACAUCUCUAAAUCAAAUCGAUCAGCAGGGAAAUGUUAGCCUAUGUUGCACUUUUCUAGGUCCAAACUAGGUCCUCAUUGUCCAUAGAUUUGUACUAAAUAUUUUAAUCUUCAAUUGAAGUAGGUCCACUGAAGAGCAUUUGGGAAACAUGUCAUAGCUCAUUAUAAUUUCAACUAAAGUGUAAGAGGUGGGUGUGUUACAUAUUUUUUUUUAACUAUUAUUAGGUCUCAAUGCAAUUGAGAUAAUAUUGUAAGGAUUUUCUUAUCUUAAACAAAUAAUGUUUACAGAAACUCAUUUCAAGCAACAUGCUUGCAGUGCUUUGGAUGUGUUAGUCUGAAAAUUGAUUUAAAUGAAGGAGCAUUUUGAUAUAAAUGAUCCUGAAUAAGUUGCAUUGAAACAUGAACUGUUCUUUUACACAAUCGGAGGAAAGAUACUUUCAGGGAUUAUUUUUUUACACUGAAUUUGAUGACCACCGUUCUGAGCCAUUAGAAACUGUAUAGAAAUAGUAGAAACAGUAUAUCAAGCUGACAAUAUCACCAAUUGUCUCACAUGCUUUGUGACACUAUCAAAAUGUUAACAGACAUUUGUUUUGCCUCAUUAGUUAGGGCUAUACAUUGUAUAUUUUUCUCAACGUGUCUUUUUAUGUCGCCAUCCAACUGACAUAGCCGAUAUUGUGUGCUAGGCCUUGUUUAAUUAAUAAAAUCAACUGCUACUUUAGCCUGCUGCAGAGCUAGGCCGCGUGACUGGAGCUCACUUCUCCUACUGGAGAGAAUCUGAUACCAGACCAGGCUGCAAAGUUUAGGCAGUAGCUAAGGGCCAGUAUUUAUCAAGCGUCUCAGAGUGGGGGUGCUGAUCUUGGAUCAGUUUUACCUUUCUAGAUCAGCACUCCUGAGACGCUUGAUAAACACGGGUUCUGCAUUAAGCUACUACCUGUGUGCAUCCAAAUACUCUAAGGUUCCCCUUCUUCUACCCCAGUAUCCUCACAGCUAAAGUGGAGUUGAGUAUCUUUCAUUUUCAUUUUUCAAACACAGAAAGUCAAUUGAAAUCUGACAUGUCCAAUUAAAAACCGAAUAGUCUACAUGUCACAUGGAUUCUGAAUAAAUGGGGCAUGAGAAAGAAAGCCACUAAGAGAUUUAGGAUACAUAAGCUUUCUAUAUUUCUUUCACUUCUUAUUGUAACCUCUUAAUGCAAAGUGUAGUUAGUUACAUAAUGGAUAUAGUCAAUUUCUCUCAAUUCCUGCACCUAGGACUAACAAUUGGUACUUAGUGAUUCAGAUCACAAGUAUCUCUUUAUACACUGAGUGUACAAAACAUUAAGAACACUUUCAUCAUAUUGAGUUGCACCCCCCCCCCCCCCCCCCCCCUUCUCCCAGAAUAGUCUCAAUUUGUUGGGUCAUGGACUCUACAAGGUGUCGAAAGCGUUCCACAGGGAUGCUGGCCCAUGUUGACUCCAAUGCUUGACCCCAAAGGUGUUCGAUGGUAUUGAAGUCAGGGCUCUGUGCAGACCAGUUAAGUUCUUCCACACCAAUCUCAACAAACCACUUCUGUAUGGACCUCGCUUUGUGCACGGGGGUAUUGUCAUGCUGAAACAGGAAUGUGCCUUCCCCAAAAUGUUGCCACAAAGUUGGAAGCAUAGAAUCAUCUAGAAUGUCAUUGUAUGCUGUAGCAUUAAAAUUUCCCACAGUCAAGUUGGCUGGAUGUCCUUUAGGUGGUGGACCAUUCUUGAUACACAUGGGAGACUGUUGAGUGUGAUAACCCCAGCAGCGUUGCAAUUCCCAACACAAACCAGUGCGCCUGGCACCUACUACCAUACCCCGUUCAAAGGCACUUAAAUAUUUUGUCUUGCCUCUUCAUCCUCUAAAUGGCACACAUACACAAUCCAUGUCUCAAUUGCCUCAAGGAUGAAACAAAAUCCUUCUUUAACCUGUCUCCUCUUCUUCAUCUACACUGAUUUGAAGUGUAUUUAACAAGUUAGAUCAAUAAGGGAUCAUAGCAUUGACCUGGUCAGUCUAUGUCUUGGAAAGAGCAGGUAUUUAUAAUGUUUUGUACACUCAGGCUAUAUCGCAACCAUUUUGUUGAAUAAAGCUAAAGUGAUACCUGAGAAUGCAGGAGGAAAAUAGUCAACAAUAGUUCCUGUACUAGACCAUUGUAGCAGGUAAAGAUGAAACUGACUACAGAUACACUACAUGGCCCAAAUGAUGCUUGUCUAACAUCUCAUUCCAAAAUCAUGGGCAUUAAAAUGGAGUUGGUCCCACCUUUGUUGCUAUAACAGCUUACUUUUGGCCAUGUAGUGUAGCUAGAUAAGUAGUACAUUUGGCUGAUGUAGUAGCCUAUGUGUGAUUUAGAUGUAAUGCUUAGAAAACUAGCAGGCAAUAUUUAAAAAAAAAAUGCUUGAUAUGACUUUUUUUUUUAAGUUACAGAAAAUUAAUAUGUAUUACAUUUUUGUUAAUGUAUAAAUAUUUAUACUGUAAUUUAUGAAUAUGGUUUUAUACAAUA